ACGGUACUACACUUACACUCCAACACAUAUUGUGUCGUCGUCAUGGCUAGUUUCUUUUUGAUCGCACUUCUCGCUACCCCAGCUCUCGGAUGCAUCGGAGGCCUCGGUGGAGGAGGUGGUGGCUGCUGCCAACCAUCUCAACCAGCUUGCGCUAACCCAUGUGGUGGAGCUUCUGCUGCUGCCUAUGCUGCACCAGCCGCUGGAUACCCAAGACCUCCAAUCGGAUAUGGAGCACCACCCCCACCACCACCACCACCAGCUUUCGGAGGACUCGGUGGAGGAGCCGCCUACCCAGGAGCCGGAGCCGGAGGACAAUAUGAUACCGGAGUUCACGGAGGAGCUCAAGGAGGAUACGCCGGAGCCCAAGGAGCUCAAGGAGGAUAUGCCGGAGCCCAAGGAGCUCAAGGAGGAUACGCCGGAGCCCAGGGAGCUCAAGGAGGAUACGCCGGAGCCGCCCAAGGAGCCCAAGGAGGAUACGCUGGAGCCGUCCAAGGAGGACAAAUCGCUUCCCAAGGAUACGCUGGAGCCGGAGCCCCAGUGAGCGCCGGAGGAUCUUACAACCAAGGACCAGCCGCUAUCAACGGAGGAUACACCUCUCAACAACAAGUCGGAGCUAUCGCCCCAGCCGCCGGAUACGGACAAGGACCAGCUGCCGUUCAUGUUGACGCCACCGCCGCCACAUCCGAGGGAGCCAUCUCUCAACAAGGAGGAUCCUCUGCCGCUGGAGGAUACGGAGAGGAAGCCGGAGCCACUUCAGUCGUCGGAGAGCAAACCAACACUGUUGUCCAGACCGGAGAGACCGCCGAGGAAGGAUACGGAGCCCAAGGAGGAGUCGCCGGAGAGACCGAGAUCGUCGCUGUCGCCACCUCUGCCCCAGCCCCAGCCCCAACAUACGAGAACGUUCAACCAGCUCCAGUUGCCCCAACCACCACUGUCGAAGAGACCCACGUCGAGGAGCCAGCUCCAGCUGUCCCAGAAGCCACCGUUGUCGAGGAGUCCCACUUCGAGGAGCCAGCCCCAGCCCCAGCUGCCACUUCUGCUCCAUUCGUCGAGCCAGUUACUGAGGUGAAUACUGAAGAAUAUGAAGAGGAAGUUGUUGAGCCAGCUGAGCCACAAGUUGUUGAGCCACAAGUUGUCGAGCCAGUUCCACAGCCACACGUUGAACCAGUUCAACCAGUUCAACCAGCACCAGAAGUCACCGAGCCACAAGUUGUUGAGCCACAAGUCGUUGUUGAGCCAGCACCACAACCACAAGUUAUUCCACAAGCACCAGAGACCUUCGUCGAGACCUCUGCCCCAGUUGCACCACAAGUCACUGAGUACCCAAUUCCAGCAGCACAAACUGAGGCUCCAGAAGAGGUAUACGAAGAGGAGACCGACGCACCAGUCGCCGCACCAGUCCAACCAACGGAAUCCUCUUUCGAAGAGGUGACCGCUGAGGAGACACCUGUACCAGCACCAGCACCUUAUGUUCCACCAGCACCAAUUUUCACUGAGUCAAAGCCAGGAUACGAGCAGACCGCCCCAGCUGUUGAGACCAAGGAGGAAUCCUACGACGAGCAGGAGGCCGAGGAGACCCAUGUCGAGCCAGAGCAGCCAGCCGUCGUCGGUGGAGGAUACUCGGCUACCGAGGCCCCAGCCAAGCCAGAUGGUGGAUACCGCACCCACUAAAUUUCUUUUUAGUUCCCCCAUAGGUGCCCCAUUGCUCUGAUCUCGUUUUGAUUGUUCGCCAACAACCACCCUCGACAAAUCUGCUCAAAACAUCACAAAAUUCUCGUCUUUUUUUUGCCUCGUUCUUUCCUUUGUCUGUAUAUACUGUUGCCUUAUUUUAUUUCUCUUAUAUAUAUUUUAUUAUGUCAUUUUCGUGAGUAGUAGACAACAAUUCACUGACUGAAAUUGUCUAAUUUCAAAUAAAAUGGUGAUUUU